CUUGAAAUUGAAAAUGAGAUAGAACGUAUAGGUGUUAGCUAUGCUACUGAUACUGUAAUACUUAGCAUAAAAAAAUUGUUUCUUAGUAAUUUGCAAGUUCUUUUGAAUUAAGUAUAUUUUAUUAAAAUGUCUUUAAAAUGGACUGGUAGUGAAACUGGUAUUCUGCGAAGAAGUGAUUUCAAGGAGAAGAAAGAAGAGCUAUUCGUGUUCGGUUAUUCGUGCAAAUUGUUUCGAGACGAUGAAAAAGCCCUGCACAUUGAUCAAGGAAAACAUCUCAUACCAUGGAUGGGGGAUGAAUCUUUGAAAAUCGACAGGUAUGAUGCACGAGGAGCCCUACAUGACCUGACUCCCCUUGAGGCCCCUCCUGGGGGAUAUGACUGGAGAGUUGAACUCACCAGGACUGAGCUUGACGUGGAACAGCUUUGUGAUGAAGAACGCUAUAGGGCUCUACAUACUGAUGAAGAUGAAGAAGAAAUGUACAAAGAGGAAGAAUUAAAACGCCUACAUGCAGCUGGUUAUGGACAAGUGGGCUUCAACUAUGAGAGUCACCAGAAACAAAAUACAGAACCUGAAACAGUGGAAAUUGAAGAACCAUUUAUUCCACCUGAAGAAUUCAAAAAUUUACUACCAAUAGACAUUGUUUUGCCAGAGACACAGAAACAGAAUGCAAUAAUAGAGAAGACAGCAAAUUUUAUAGCAACGCAAGGUGUUCAAAUGGAAAUAUUGAUCAAGGCAAAACAAGGGGACAAUCCACAGUUCAAGUUCCUUAAUAAAGAUUCUACAUUACAUUCAUAUUACACAACACUUAUUAGUUUAUGUAAAAGUGGAAAGUGGCCUGAAAAGAAGCAAGAAGCCGUUGAAGAAAAACAAAUGGAAAUGCAUGAUGAGUAUUUGCACCCCAGUCUGGCAUCAACUAUAAUUGAAUUGGCACCAUCCAUACCAAGCAUUCAAUACAAGCCGUCAGCAGAUUGUGAUUACACUAUGCUUAUAUCAAAAAUGAGAGGUGAGGCCACCUUAGAUGAACAAUAUGCCCCAGAAUUAGCACCUGGAGAAGUUGCGCCUCCAGGGACAGAACCGCUCCCGCCUCGGAGCAAUGCUGAAAUCUCAAGAGCACCAGUGAUGUAUAAUCAAAAUAAUCAAGCGGCGCUAGCCUAUCAGCAAUACGCAGCAUACUACCACCAAUACAUGGCACAGGUACAGGCGCAGGCGCAAGUCCAAUCUCAAGAAGCGGUGGCGGUACCUAUCGUCCCAGCCAAGUCCACUGGCCUCAGUCUCAUGAGACAUUACAAUUCGGACAGUGAUAGUGAUGAAUCAGAUUUCGAUGACUCAUCGUCCAGUGACAGCAAAGACAAGCAGCCAAUAGUAAUGCCGCCGGAUGACGUCAUCGUCGUCAUUGACAAAAUGGCGGCCUAUGUGGCGCGAAAUGGCGAUGAGUUUGCCAACAUCGUGCGUGCUAAGAAUGAUCCCCGGUUUACCUUCCUGGAUCCUGGACAUGUCUUUCAUCCAUAUUAUUUUAAACUUAUGCAAGAGAAGAGGGGGGUUAUUCAUGGGAAACCAAAGAAGAAGCAGAAAGCACCUGUGUCCUUCUCAAUAAAGAAACACAAAGAACCAGACCCGAUUCUACCUAAACCAGCUCUUCCUUAUGAGUCAAGUUCAGAAGAUGAAGAGAAAACAGAUUCACAAAAUAUUGCAGAAAACAAGGAAAUUAACAUUCCACAAACAACAACACCAAAUAUGCCACCUGUAAUUGUGUACAAAAUGGAAAGUGUUCAAGCAAACAGUCUUCCUCAAGUUAGGGCUAUUGAACAAUUACCAAUUAAACGAGUUGAACCACAACUUUCCACGCAGCCAACUGAAAUCAAACCACAACCUGAUGAAAUAUUUCCAGAAAUAUUACCACAACCAAUUCUUGUAGAGACAACUAAGGAAAAAACGCCUGAUCAGGAAUUUAAAGAAGAUACAGGAGAAACAAGAAAACGGGAUAAAAAGAAGAGAUUAAAAUCUGAAAACAGAGAUUAUCGGAAGGAUGAGAGGAGAAGAGAAAAAGAUUAUAGACGAGAUGAUACCGACAGACACGAAGAAGAUAGAAGAGACCGGGAACCUAGGGAAAAAGAGAGGAGGGACAGAGACACUGAAAGAAGAGAUCGUGACAGUGAGGUGAGAUACAGAGAAGAAAAGGAAAUAAAAAGAGACAGUGAAAGGCAUCGAAAAAGACGGAAACGUAGUAAUGAGAAAGUGGACUCCGAGAUCAUAACUUUGGAAGACAAUUCUGAUGAUAUGAUUGAUUUGACUGGUGAUUUGUCUGAUGGCAAAGGUGAAAUAGAGUCAGAGGGAGAUAAAACCAAACAACUGGAAAGAAGACGUCGCGCGGCGGAGUUUCUUAAGAAAGUUGGGGUUGAUCCAGCUGCUGCUGCUCUUCCGACUACUUCGCUGGCUAGUGCUAUGGUUGACACAUUGGAAUCUAUAAGAAAAAAGAAGGCAGAGGAAGCAGAGAAACGGCGUAGAAGAGAAAAGAGAAGGAGGCGAGAGAAAUAUGAAAAUGAUGAAGAGGAUCGCCAUAGAAGAAAAAGAAAAAAGAGCAGCAAAUCAACGGAUGAGGACGAAUCGGAUUAUGAUUGUACCAAAAAACGCCGGCGCAAAAAAGAGAAGAAGCAUACUUCAAAGGGUAAGAGAAAGGUAAAAGAAAGACGACAUGAGUCCGAUUUGGAAGAAGACCAACCGAUCAAUAUAGAUCUUACCAACACAUUAAAGGAGCUAAGAAACGCCUCUCCUACGAAAGAGUUGGAGUUAAGUGUUGAUGCGAAAGAGUCAGAAGAAAAAGUGGUCAAAAAGAAAAAGGACAGAGAGUACAGUGAGGGAGAGUGGUCAAGUGACAGUGAAGAAGACUCUGAAUCUGAUGGUAGUGAAUAAAUUAAGAUACAUAUUAAAAUAAUUCUAAUAAUAGAAAUUUAUUAUUUUUAUGCAUUUUGGUGAAAUAUAAACUGAUGUAUAAUAUUUUUUUUAUAAUUAUUAGAAUUCAAAUGUUUUUAUAUAAAUUCAACAUGUUCUAUCAAAUUAAAAAUGCGAUAUUUAUAACAGUUUCAAGGUGGGUUAUUUUGUUAAUCAGAGUUGUAAAUUAUAUUUUAU